GCCGUAGCAGUAGCAUUGCAGCUACUCUCGCUGCGUCAUCGCACAGAUUGUUCCAGUGUUGAGUCUAGUUUCAGAACUGUGUCUAGUUUCAUAACUGUAUCUACUUUCAUAACGGGCAAGACGUCCAAUAAAUCAUCAAAAAUGUUGAAAGAGUUGGUGAAGGCGAGGUUAAUGGCGGCGGCCGACGAAAUAUUUGCUCUGUUUGAAAGAACGAUAGCGUCGUACGGGGAGGAACUUUCUGGAACAAAAGAGGAGAACGGGCGACGUCGACAACAACUGGAAGCUGUUGGCAAGAUUGAGUUACACGUAGAAGACGUCCAGCAGGGGGGGAGCUCCGUUUUGAAGCAGGAGGAUCCACAGCCUUGCCACGUUAAAGAGGAAGAAGAUGAACUCGGAAACACUGGGGAAGGUCUUCGGCUGGAGCAGGUUGAUCGCGCUGUGGUCUCUGUGAAGAUUGAAGAACAUGAAGACAAACAACCAGAGCUUCAUCACAGUCCAAGUGAGGAGAACAGGGGGGCGCAGCCUCCGAGCAGCGGCUCAGUACAACACAUGACAACAGAAGCUAGUGAAGACACCCAAAAACCUUUGAGCAGAGAUACAGACUCUGAAGGUCUUACUGACAACAAGGACUCUGAAUGCUCUAAAGGGACGUUAGUUCAAACCUGUUUUACCUGCUCAAUUUGUGCUCGUCGCUAUUCUUAUAAGAGCCAUUUGGCUCGACACAUGCGUAUGCACACUAGAGAGAAACCUUUUAGUUGCACCGUUUGCCGUAAAGAAUUCUCUCAAAAAGGCAACAUGGUAGCACACAUGACGACGCACACCGAAGAGAAACCCUUCGGUUGUUCAGUUUGUGGCGAAAAAUUCUCUCGAAAGUAUUACAGGGUAACACACAUGAGGACACACGCGGAGGAGAAACCUUUUAUUUGCUCAACAUGCGGCAAGGGUUACACUGUAAAGCCGUCUUUGGUUGCGCACCAAAGAACGCACACCGGGGAAACCCGCGUAAGUUGCUCAGUUUGCGGUAAAGGAUUCUCUCAAAAGGAAGGCAUGGUGAGACACAUGAGAACACACACAGGGGAAAAACCUUUUAGUUGCUCAAUUUGCGGCAAAAGUUUCUCCCAAAAUUUUGUAAAGGUGUUACACAUGAGAAAACACACCGGUGAAAAUCUCUUUGAUUGCUCAGUGUGUGGCGAUAGAUUCGUCUGCAAGAGUGUGUUAAAUGUACACGUGAGGACGCACACGGGGGAGAAGCCUUUUAGCUGCUCGAGAUGUUGCAAACGUUUUGCUACAAAGGGCAUUUUGAAUUCUCACCAACAAACACACAACACCAAAAAAAAACUCAGUUGCUCAGUUUGUGGGAAAAGUUUCUCUCAAAAGGCAAAGGUCGUACUACACAUGAGAACACACAUUGGAGAAAAACCUUUUAGUUGUGCGGUUUGUGGGAAGCGAUUCUCCCAAAAGUCACACAUGCUGUCACACGCGUCAACACACUUGAAGGACAAAUCUUAUAUUUGCAAGGUUUGUGGCGAAAAGUUCGCUUGCAAGACAACCUUGGACGUGCACAUGAGAACACACGGAGGAAAAAAACCUUUUAACUGCACCGUUUGUGGUAAAAACUAUGUGCACAAGCACACUUUGACGGCACACAUGCGGAUACACGAUGGAGAACAGACAGUUUCCUAAACAGUUUAUAAGAGAAAGUGGUUCUAUCUUACUGUAAUACAAUCAACGUAAGAACUGGAACUGUAAUCCUGCCUGCCACAUUAUAAGUGGCGUUGAGUCAAUACAGAGUGUAGGCUCUCUAAUUUAAUAAAAUGUGAGCUAUGUUUAUAAAAAAAAAAAUUCGGACAAUGAGGCUAUCAUUUUAAAGCAGGGGUGUCUAAAGUGUGGGCCGGGGGCAAUUGGGUGAUUUUUUUUUUUAACAGCCUGCAGAACCUUCUGAAAAUACUGCAAAAAAUCUAUAAUACGAGACCAAGCAGGUGAAAUGUAACGAGAAAAAGUUGCAAUGUUGACUCAUGUAACGUAAAGCUGCCAUGCUUUUUUUCUUAAAAGCUACAUGACAUUACUUAAGAAAAAAAAAAGAUCCAAAAGCAAUGUUGUUAUGAAUUAUUGACCUAUUUAAGGUUCCCAUUGCUUCAUAUCCAAUAGUCCACUUUGAAAUAUUUUUUGGGGGGGAAUAGUGCAUAUUUUGUGUGUUUGCCAUAUAAAAAAAACUAAGUUUUCUUUGAACAAAGAGGUCUUCAAUCAUACAAACAAAACAUUAAAAAUAUUUGUUUUUUUAAAUACAUAAUCGACAGAUCUGAAGUUGAUCUCGAGAUUUAAGUGUUGAACGUAAAACAAAAAAUCAAGUAUUUUUAACACUUAUGAGUGGGGCCCUUUUGGCUUCCCAAUAAUUUUUGUGGGAUUUUUUUUUAAGAACCGUCAUUUCUCAAAAAAUUAUAAUUAAUUAAUUUAAAUGGUGUUAUGAAUUAUUUACCUACAUAAGGCUUCUAUUACUUCAUAUAAAAUAUUCCCCUGUGAACUUUUUGGGGGGAAGAUAUUGCAUAUUUUGUGUUUUUGCCAUUAAAAACAGAGUUUUCUUGGACUAAAACAGCAUCAAAUAUUAAAACUAAGGUCUAACUUUAUAUCGACAGAUGAAGUUGAUCUAGAGCAGGGGUGUCAAACUCAUUUUAGCUCAGGGGCCGCAUGGAGGAAAAUCUGUGCACACGCGGGCCGGACUAUUAAAGUCACAGCAUUAAAACUAAAAAAUAAAGACUACUUCAGAUUGUUUUCUUCGUCUUACUUUGGCCAAAAAUAGAACAAACACAUUCUGAAAAUAUUACAAUAAAAAUAUAGAAAAAAAUACCAGCAGCGGUAAAGUUUAGAUCCAUGAAGGAAAGAAGAAAGUGAAUGUUUAUAAUUGAAAACAUUUACAUAUGCAUAAAAAUAUGUUUUAUUUUGUAUUAUUAUUUUUUAAUGAAUUAAGUAACGUUCAUGACAACCUUUUUCCACAACACAAUAUAGAAUGUGAGAUCUAACAGGAUAAUUCAUACAUUUAUCAUUUGUUUUCAAAAUGGUUACAAAAAAGGUGGGACCCCAAAAAUUUACUGUGGGACCCCAUUUUUAUGACUUGAUGGGGUCCCUGGGACCCCAUUUUGAAUAUUCCUAGCGCCAACACUGAUAGAGUAUUGGUGCAUGCACAACAGCAGCAGGCGGCUGUGGCCUGCGGGCCGGUUCUAAUACUAAUCAAAUAUAGAUAGAGAUCAUUCAUUCGCGGGCCGGAUCUGGCCCACGGGCCUUGACUUAGACACCCCUGAUCUAGACUAUACAUUUAA